AUGUGGAUCAACUGGAGGGAGUUGAAAGCGGCGUUUCUUGCGUUACAAACAUUCCCGCAAUUGAACAACAUGAGGAUUCUGAUACGAACAGACAAUACAACAUCGAUGGCUUACAUGAACAAGCAAGGGUACGAGGUCAUAACCAUUAAUGAAAUUAGCAAAAAGCCUGUGGAAGUGGUGUCUACAACGAAGAAUUACAAUACAGUCCACUCAUGUGCAAGGAGUGAGGAACACAGUAACAGACCACAAGUCACUGCGCCCAUACCUCAAGAACAAUUGGAUGAUACAGCCCAAAAUAUUCCAAGAGUUACAACAUUAUCUGGGAGAAAACGACGUAGACCUAUUUGCCGACAGAAACACCAACAGCUUUCAAAAUCCGGGAAGCGUUACCAACGACGCGUUUACCAUUCCGUGGAGCCAACUUUACCGACCGUAUUUGAAUCCAUCUCGGAAUCUAAUCAACAGGUGUCUUCAGAAGUUGGUACAAGAGCAGGCGCUCAGUAUCGGUCCACCACUCCUACUGGACCAAGCGGGGGUUCACCUGCCAACACCAACAGCAACAUGGUUGAUGAACAACAAAAACCGGGAACUCACCGUAUGGAGCGUAUCAGCUACAAGGAAAGGCUUACAAACUGGAGCGAAAAUGCCCAAAAAAUACUGAUUAGUAGCCGUUUAGAAGACAAUGCCACCAAUUGGUCAUACAAAAAUAGUCAAUUUCAAUUUAUGGACUGGGCUAGGAAUCACAGAGUCGAAGCUGAUAAGCUUAAUCAUGAAGAUUUUAUUAGUUUCUUAAGUGAUAUGCUGUCAGGAGCGGGGCGGGGCAAGAGCAGAACAGAAUGAUUAUUAAGGUGAGGACAAGACAAAAAGAGAUUAUAUAUGUAUUAGUAUUAACAUAUAUAUAAGAAGGAAUGAAGGUAGAGAAAGGUUUAUUCAGAAAAGCAGGAAAAAUA